UGCCCAGCGCCAUGGCCGGGCCGGGGCAGGGCGCUGCGAGGAAGCCGCUGCUGGUGAAAAUAGUGAUGGCCGGGGAGUCCUCCGUGGGGAAAACCUCCAUCGUGCGCAGCUACACCGAGCCCGCCGCGGCGGCCGCCUCCCCCUGCUACCUGGCCACCAUCGGCAUUGAUUUUAAAGUAAAAUCAGUAACAUUUAAUGGUACAAGAGUAAAACUUCAAAUAUGGGAUACUGCUGGCCAGGAACAGUUCCAUACACUUAGUACUAGUUAUUUUCGUGGAGCACAAGGAUUUGUUCUUGUAUAUGAUAUCACAAAUCUGGACAGUUUUCAAGGUAUAACAAGCUGGAUGAAAGACAUACAUGAGAAAGCAGGUGAUGAUGUGGACAUAAUACUGCUGGGCAACAAGUGUGAUAAGGAGACAGAACGUGUAGUACCAAAACAUAAAGGAGAAAAGCUUGCUUGGGAAUAUGGAAUACCUUUUUUUGAAACCAGCGCUAAAGAUAAUGUGAAUAUUGAGGAUGCAUUCUCAACCUUGACCAAAGAAAUACUGGAAAAGAAAUCCUGUGUAUUAUAUGACUUAGAUGUUGUGGAUCUAAGUGAAAGUAAGAAGAGAACUUGCUGUGCAUUGUGAUAUACCAUAUCAUCUGUUAUUCCAUUUUCUCUUCAGAAAAUAUUAACUAACACAAAGGAUGUUAAAAAUGAGCCUGUAGUCCCAAAACACAGUAUUUAGGCAUCCUUUGUAAUAUACAACCUUGACUGCCAAAUGUUUUGACAUUUUAUAUACUAUUUUCAGAAUUUUAAAGUGAAGUUAAAGUUAUCUGACUUUUGAAUGUGACAGGACAACAUUUGUGUACAAAUG